AUGCCUCAAGAUUGUGAAGAUAAUGGCAUGUUCGAUAAAAAAUUGAAAGUUAUAGAGCAAUAUUUAUCCAGUUACGCAAGCAAAAAUUUACACGAUGUUAUCAAAAAUCGCUAUUUUAAAGUUGACGUGAACACUAUAAUAAAAGAUGACAGUUUUCUUUCUGUAUGGCCAGAUUUUUUAAAGGAUUUAUCUGAUAUUCCUCAGACUGUCAUAGGUCUCUUUGGCCUUACAAUGGACCGAAUAACACGCCAAAAUAUUUUAUGCAGUUCAGAAGAAUGUCCUGAAGAUAGAGAUACUGUUUCUAAGCUUAAUAAAAAAAUAAACCCUAGAUUUAUAGGUUUGCGCAAUUUUCUUCAUUUUCAAGACCUGAAAUCUCAUAAGUAUGGAAAAUUUGUUACUUUAAUGGGCACAGUAGUUAGAGUUAGUGACGAAAAACCAAUGUGCACUUGUAUGGCUUUUGAAUGCUACAAAUGUGGAACCAUUCAAACCAUACACCAGGAAAAGGGUUGCUUUAGCACUCCAGGAAAAUGCAAAGGCUCAAAUUGCUAUUCUACCAAGCAUAAACCAUUGCUGCAAUCUCCUAACACAUUAACAAUCCCUUGGAAAACUAUCAGGCUUCAAGAGUUAAACGGCAAUGAAAAUGAAGGUGGCAGAGUUCCCAGGACUGUAGAAAGUGAACUCACAAAUGAGUUAACAGAGUCAUGUAUGCCAGGAGAUGUAGUUAUAAUUUCUGGCAUCAUAACAGUAAACAAUAUCACCGAAAGAAAACCUUCUUUUGGAAAAGAAACUUGUGCAUACGUUGUUCAAUUAUCUGCAAAUUCAGUAACUUGUGUGAAAGGCAAAAAUACGGACUGUGUUGAUAUUGCCGCUGAAAGUCUACAAUUUAAUCCAGAAGACUUAACUAACAUUCAAAAAAUUCACUCCGAAAGGAAUUUGUUCCGGUUAAUAGUUGCUUCACUCUGUCCUAGAAUAUACGGACAUGAACUCAUUAAAGCUGGGUUAGUCUUAUGCUUGUUUGGAGGACGAGUUAAAUCACAAAGCAAGGACAAAGAUUGUGAUUUCUUUAUUCGUGAAAAUUCUCAUAUUUUAAUCGUCGGGGAUCCUGGAUUGGGCAAAAGCCAGAUGCUUUUAGCAAGCUCGUCAGUAUCACCUCGUGGCGUGUAUGUGUGUGGCAAUUCAACAACCUCUUCUGGAUUGACAGCUACAAUUGUUAAAGAAGGUGGUGGAGAGAGCUCUUUAGAGGCUGGAGCAUUAGUUCUCAGUGACCAAGGCCACUGCUGUAUAGACGAGUUUGACAAAAUGUCCAACCAGCAUGCUGCUUUGUUGGAAGCGAUGGAACAGCAAACAAUUAGCAUGGCAAAAAGUGGAGUAGUCUGUACGUUGCCUGCCAGAGCAUCAAUUAUAGCUGCUGCUAAUCCAUCUGGUGGCCAUUACAAUAAAGCAAAAACUGUUUCGGAAAAUUUAAAAAUUAACGGAUCCUUGCUUUCCCGGUUUGAUUUAGUAUUUAUUGUACAAGAUAUUCCUGAUGGGGAAAUUGAUAAUAAAAUGACGGCGCAUGUCAUGGCAUAUCAGAAGAAAAAGAAACACGCAAAUGAGAAUGCAUCUGUGAGCCCAUUCUUUUUGACUUCCAUUUUAAGUGGAUCAGCUGAUAGAAGUAGUUUGCUCCAAAAAUUGCAAUUUGGAGCCCAUGAAAAACCAAAUCUUAUUCCACCUAGUCUGCUGCAAAAAUAUAUAUCAUACGCAAGAAAAUUUUCUCAACCAAAACUCAUGCCAGAUGUGAGUAAAAUACUCCAAGAGUUUUAUUUAGAAAUGAGAAAGCAGCACAAACUGAGCUGCAGCACUCCUAUAACUACGAGACAACUAGAAUCAAUGAUUCGCCUCACAGAAGCUAGAGCUAAAGUUGAGCUGCGAGAUUACUGCACCAUAAGUGAUGCAGAAAAUGUAAUUGAAAUAAUGAAAUACAGUAUGCAAGAUACAUUUUCUGAUGAACAUGGAAAUAUAGAUUUUGACCGUUCGAUUCAUGGUUCUGGAAUGAGUAAAAGUUCUCAGGCAAAGAAGUUUAUCCAAAUCUUAACUAAAGCAGCUGUGGUUAAAGGAGAUGAUUGCUUCACAACGCAUGAAAUGUGUGAACUUGCUAAAAAAUCUAAACUAAAUGCAGAGGCAUUUCUAGAUAUUAUAGAUGCUUUAAAUAAUCAAGGUUUCUUGUUAAAAAAAGGGUAUCAAUUAUAUCAAAUUCAAACUUUGUAAGAUUAAGUACAUCUCAACUCUCCUCAAAUAUUGAACUUAAUGCAACUUAAUUAAUGCUACAUUUUAGUAGUUAUAAAUAUGAAUGGGUAGGGUAUAAUUUUCACUCUAUUGUGUUUUGUCAAAAAGUUCAAACU